GUUUGACAACUGCACAGAGCAAAGUAUUUCAAUGUGAUAAAUAUGCCAAAGUCUUCCAUAAAUUUUCAAGUUCAAACAGACAUAAGAUAGGGCAUACUGGAAAGAAACUUUUGAAAUGUAAAGAAUAUGACAGAUCAUUUUGCAUGCUUUCACACCUAUCUCAACAUAAAAGAAUUUAUAUUAGAGAGAAUUUCUUCAAAUGUGAAGAAUGUGGCAAAACCUUUAAUUGUUCAACGCUUACUUAUCAUAAGAGAAUUCAUACUGGAAAGAAAGCCUACAAACGUGAAGAAUGUGGCAAAGCCUUCAACUGGUCCUCAAGACUUACUGAACAUAAGAGAAUUUAUGCUGGAGAGAAACCGUACAAAUGUGAAGAAUGUGGCAAAGCUCUUAAUCGAUUUGGAAUUUUUACUAAACAGAAACUAAUUCAUGCUGGAGAGAAACCCUACAAAUGUGAAGAAUGUGGCAAAGCUUUCUCCUGGGCCUCAAGCCUUAGUGAACAUAAGAGAAAUCAUACUGGAGAGUACCGCUACAGAUGUGAAGAAUGUGGCAAAGCCUUUAAAGAGUCCUCACUUCUUACUAGACAUAAGGUAAUUCACACUGAAGAGAGACCCUACAAAUGUGAAGAAUGUGGCAAAACUUUUAACCGGUCCUCAACCCUUACUAUGCAUAAGAGAAUUCCUACUGGAGAGAAAUCCUACAAAUGUGAAGAAUGUGGCAAAGCUUUUAAUCAAUUCUCAAUUUUUACUAAAUGUAAGAUAAUUCAUGCUGGAGAGAAACCCUACAAAUGUGAAAAAUGUGGCAAAGCCUUCACCUGGCCCUCAAGCCUUAGUGAACAUAAGAGAAAUCAUAAACCCCUCCAAAUGUAAAGAAUGUGGCAAAGUCUUUAAAAAGUCCUCACUUCUUACUAGACAUAAGGUAAUUCAUACUGAAGAGGAACCCUACAAAUGUAAAGAAUGUGGCAAAGCCUUUAACUGGUCAUCAACCCUUACUCAUCAUAAAAGAAUUCAUAUUGGAGGGAAAACCCUAGAAAUGUGAAGAAGGUGGCAAACAUUUUAACUGUUCCUCAAUUCUUACUAAACAUAAGGUAAUUCAUGCUGGAGGGAAUCCUUAAAGUGUGUGGAAUGUGUCAAAGCCUUUAAGUAGUCCUUGAGGUUUGCUACAUAUAAGACAACUCGUACUGGAAAGAAACCCUACACAUGUGAAGAAUGUCGGAAAGCCUCCAACAGAUCCUCAAUUCUUAACAGACAUAAGAUGAUUUAUACUAGAGAAACUCUACAAACCUGAAAGAUGUGACAAUGCUUUUGGCAACACCUCAAACUUUUCUAAGUAUAAAAGAAAUCAUAUUGAUGAGAAAUCCUAGAAAUGUGAAGAAUGUGAUAAAGCUUUUAAAUGGCUGUCACACUUGAUUGACUGGAGAAAACUACUAGUGUGAACAAUGUGGCAAAAUAUUUAACCAAUGCUUACACCUUAUUGCACAGGAAAGCAUUUAUACUUGAGAACAAAGGUUCAAAUAUAAAGAAAGUGUAGGCUGUGCAUGGUGGUGGCUCAUGCCUGAAAUCUGAGCACUUUGGGAGGCUGAAAUG